AUAUGUUAGCUCUCCACAACUCAACUCACUCAAAUCCUAGAAACACACAAAACAAUCACGAUGAAGAAAACUUCAGUAGUCUCUCUUCUCAUCACUCUCAUGUUCGCAGCAUCAGUCGUCUGCAUCCAAGGACAACGACAGGAAGAGGUGAAGGACAGAGACGGAAAUCCAGUUAAACUCGGUGAACAAUACUUCAUCCAGCCUGUGAAGACGAAAAGUAACAACGGAGGUGGUCUUGUCCCAGCGGCCACUAAUAUACUUCCCUUUUGUCCACUUGGCAUCACCCAAACACUCCUUCCGUACCAACCGGGACUACCGGCUAGCUUCAAAUUACCAUACGCUCUCAUGGAGACCAUCGUUAAGACAUCUGUACCUGUAACUAUCGAGUUCAAGUCAGACAUCUGGCCGGUCUGCAACGAAUUUUCCAAGUUCUGGGAAGUCGAUGUUUCCUCAUCGGCUCCCAAAGAGCCUAAGAUUCUCAUCGGUGGUAAACCACAAGAGAAAAAUAGUUGGUUUAAGAUCGAGAACGCCGGAGAAGGAGCAGGAGCAAACAUUUAUAAGUUGACCACCUUAACCGGGACCGUUGGAGCCACCCCAGGGGUUUGGUUAAGCGCACCACAACUAAUUCUCACCAAUAAUGAUGCUAAGACCUUACUCGUCAAAUUCAAAAAGGUUGAUGAUGCUAAUACGGCUACUACUUCUACUUCUCGGGUCGACAAGUUAGGUCUACGGAUGUUCCCUUUCUACUAAAAAUCAUGUUAUGUUUUUUUUUUGGUUAAUAAAAAUCAUGUACGUUAUGUUAAAGCCUGAGACUCGUCCAUGGCCAAAAUAAUGGGUUGAGAAAAAUAAAUUAUGAAGUUAAUUAAUACCCGCA